AUAUAUAUAUGCACACACAUAUGUGGGUGUAUAUAUUGUUCUAAUCCGAUUGAAUGGCCAAGAAAAUGUCUUCUAGUAUCACAAUUUUGCUUGUUAUUUUUGCCCUCCAAUGCGCCGUAACAUUGGCUUCCGAUCCUGACCCGGUUCAAGACUACUGCAUACCAAACCCGAAAUUCGGUGCCCUAAGAACAGCUUUUCACAACGUCCUCCCAUGCAAGAACGCUUCUGAGGCCACCACUGAUGACUUCAUCUUCUCUGGGAUGAAGGUGGCCGGAAACUUCACCGACAUGGGCAUCGCAACCAUCUCGGUGAACCCAACAGUCUUCCCGGGGAUCAACACGCUCGGGAUGUCAUUCAUACGAGCUGACCUCAAAGUUGGUGGAAUCAAUCCACCACAUUUCCACCCUAGAGCCACAGAGAUAUCCCACGUAGUGGAAGGGAGUGUUUAUUCAGGGUUUGUUGAUUCAGCCAAUAGGGUUUUUGCUAGGGUUAUUGAGCAAGGGGAGGUCAUGGUGUUCCCUAGGGGUCUAGUGCACUUCCAGAUGAAUGUUGGCAAGAAUCCUGCUACAAUAUUUGGUAGCUUCAAUAGCCAAAACCCAGGAAGUCAAAAGAUUCCCUCUGCCAUUUUCGGGUCGCGGAUAAACAUUGAGCUCUUGGAGAAGGCAUUUGGAUUGAGUCCUAAGCAGAUUGGAACGAUGAGAAGAAAAUUUGAUCCAAAAUGGGUGAGUUAGAAAGUGAGAUUGAAGGGGAACUUUGCUCAAUUGAGUUGCAUUCUACGUUUGUUGGCCCCAUAACCAUGGAGGAGCGCUCUUCGUUGUUGCAUUUUGUAUCGAUGAUGUAAUACAAUGUAAUUUCCGGUGCAAGAAGCUUGUAGUUCGGUUUGUUAAAAGUUUUUGCCUCUUCACUUUAAGUCCUAGUUUGAUUUC